AUUCUGCUAGUAAAUAUAGGAACGUAUCAUUAUUUAUGAUAACAUUGCUGAUAUGAAUUGCAUAAUAUUUGAGUCCAUAUGGUUUUAAAUUAUUCACAGAAGUGCAGAAAUGCUGCACUCUUGAAAUGCAAGUGAAAAUCAGAAACUUUAAACAAGGAUUUAGUUUCGUAAUUGUAUUAGUUAUAGUUUUAGGUUUGUGUGUCUACACUAAGUGGGAUCCUGGUCGAGAGAUCUAUGCCUAUAGUAGCAAGCAACGAAAACAUUUCCAUUCAUACAAUGCUGAUAAAUUACAGCCCAAUGAGGUCGACACCCGGAGGACGGCUCUGUACGCAGAAGAAAUUAAUAUUUCCGAAUUGCAGAAUCAGAUAACAGAACUGCAAAAGAAGAUAAAAGAUUUAGAGUCUAGAAUACCUCAGAGAUUUCCUGAUGUAAAAUUUCUGAAUUAUCGAUCAAAAAAGCGCAUUCUAAUCACGGGGGGCGCCGGCUUCGUCGGCUCCCACCUGGUGGACAGCCUCAUGAUGGCGGGCCACGAGGUGAUCGUCGCGGACAACUUCUUCACCGGCCGCAAGAGCAACGUGGAGCACUGGAUCGGCCACGAGAACUUCGAGCUCAUCCACCACGACAUCGUGAACCCGCUGUUCAUCGAGGUGGACGAGAUCUACCACCUGGCGAGCCCCGCGUCGCCCCCGCACUACAUGUACAACCCGGUCAAGACCAUCAAGACCAACACUGUCGGGACCAUCAACAUGCUGGGCUUGGCCAAGAGGGUCGGAGCCCGCGUGCUUAUCGCCAGCACUUCCGAGGUGUAUGGCGACCCUGAGGUGCACCCACAGCCGGAGAGCUACUGGGGCCACGUCAAUCCGAUUGGGCCUCGUGCGUGUUACGACGAAGGGAAGAGGGUUGCAGAGACCUUGAGCUACGCAUACGCAAAGCAAGAGAACGUCGACGUCCGCGUUGCAAGGAUUUUCAAUACCUUCGGACCGAGGAUGCACCUUAAUGAUGGUCGGGUCGUAUCGAACUUCAUUCUGCAGGCAUUAAAGAAAGAAACUAUCACAAUAUAUGGACACGGAAAGCAGACACGAUCAUUUCAGUACGUGUCAGACCUGGUGAAUGGCUUGAUCCGCCUCAUGUCUUCCAAUUACUCUCAGCCUGUUAACUUGGGGAAUCCAAUAGAGCAUACAAUUGAAGAGUUCGCAGUAAAGAUCAAGAAGCUAGUUGGAGGCCCGAGCAAAAUAAAGCAGAUAGCUGCGAUGGAAGACGAUCCACAGAGGAGGAAACCAGACAUAACGCGGGCCAAGACGUUCCUCAGUUGGGAACCCAAAGUUCCAUUGGAUGUUGGUUUGCUCAAAACAAUUUCUUACUUCAGAGAAGAGCUUCAGAUGGGAAAUACUUCACAUCACUCACGUGUGUUGAAUGAGAAUAUAAGAAGCUAGUUAGAUGUAAAUGAUUGAAGCUUUCCUGGAUCUCCGACUGUUGCCAAAGUGUUGUCGUGUUGUCUGCUUGGGACGAAGCAGCUCUUGCUCGCUGGCCUGGCAGACUGCCCCUUGACUGGUGACAGCCGUGGUAACUUCCGGGGCUGCGUGGAGGGCAGCUACUCUACAUCUCUUUAAAGUCUGUGCUGCACCGCAAAGCAUAAAGUUAAUGUAAUGAAGAACUGUAAAUAUGUUUAAACUGUGUAUUGUAGUGUGAAACCCUAUGGGGUCCGUAAACUUACGUCUGUUAUGCCCAUUUUGAAAAGUUUUCUGGGUUUCUAAGACUGAAUUUUCAAGUUGUCAGAGAUGUUUUAGUGAUAUUGAGGAUUAUUGAUCCAUUAAAAUGUUUUUGUAAAAUAAAAUUAUUUUUUAUCAG